AAAAUCUUUUAUUUUUCAUAGGACUGAGAAUGUCGUCCACUGAUUUACUUGACCUUGAAAACAAGAAUGGUGCUGAUCCUAGUCCACCUCAUAAGUUGAAGUUGGUGAAGACUUUGUUGGAGAAACCACCUGAUAUCAAGAUGCUUCCUCAGAGUGAAGCACUGAAGAGGGACCUGGCCCUCUUCCAGUAUGAAAGUGAUUCCUCUUCAACAGACAGUGGUCACACCCACACUUCUGAUUCUGAGUCAAGUGAUGAUUCAGAUUCUGUGGAUAUUCAAAAAAUCAAAGGAUUGCCAAAAUUGAGAUCUGUGAGGAAGUCCAGGGGUUCAACAGUGAUUGAGGAAUGUCCCCAUAGGAUAGACUAAAUAAAAAAAAUAACAUAUCAUUGUUGCCCAUGUU